AUUUCUCUCUGCAAGAUCAGCCCUGCGAGAGAAGCACAUGCCAUAAACUGGCGGGAGGGACGUGUGUGUGCGACAUGCCUGUUACUAUGGAGACCUGUGAGGUAAUCCCAGCACCGUAAAACAGUAGCAACAGCUGCUGAAGAAGCGAUGUUCAUACGCAACAUCGCCUAAUUACCUGUCGCCCGGCGGGCUUCGAAAAGUCAAUCACCCCUGUCACGUCGGAGCCUUCCCACCGGCGGUAAAAGCGAAAAAGCUGCCGGAAGGCAUCCUCGCCGCCUUCCCGCGCGGCCACCAUCCCCGCCAUCUUAGUUCAUGUGACCUUCCACGCGCGGAGCGGAAGGGGCCGUGCUCGUCUUCGCAUUGGCUGUAGCAGCCGGGGAAAGUAGCAUUUCUCUGGCUACAAGAUGGCGGCGGGAGGCGUAGCGCGGCGGGUGUUCGAGCUUUUUGUGUCUCGCGUGCCCUGGACUGCCUCGGCAAAUGAAGUAAGAGAAUAUUUUAGCCAGUUUGGUGCUGUGAGAAAGUGUAUGUUGCCAUUUGUAAAAGAAACAGGUUUCCACAAAGGCAUUUGCUGGGUUGGUUUUAGUACAGAAGAAGGCCUAAAGAAUGCUUUGCAGAAAGAAAAUCAUACCCUGGACGGAGUUAAGAUUGAUGUUAAACUUCAAAGAAAAAGAGAUUUUUCACACCAACGGUCAGACAGAAGAAUUGCUGACAACAGUUAAAGGAAGGAGACUUCAUUUUACUGUUAUGUAAAGAACCCAAAAUAAACGUACGGAUAUGUAGUCAUCUCA